UGUAAAAGAGAUUUUUAUGAAUUAAGCCUAGAGAGCCAAGAUUUGGAAUUUUGUGCCGGUCUUGAUCACAUUAAGACCGACUCAAUACAAUUCUAGUUCUUCGUUCUUGAUUCUGGGUUCUUGGUUCUUAAGUCAUCAUGCCAUGUUCCUUCGCCUUAGUUUUGCUCACUUUAGCUUCGAUAUGUCGCGGCGGUUUGACAUUAUCAAAACCUGUCAUAAACGAACACAGUUUAGACAACUGCAUCAAAAGAAAGAAGUUUACCUACCUUAACACGGUAGGGCAGAGGGAGAAGGAGUCCUUGACUCAAUUCUUGACCCGCUGGAGGGACGAGGUCGACAAGGUAGAAGAGAUGGACGACAAGACGGCCAUGUCUUUGCUGAUGAAUGCCUUCCGGUCGGGUGACCUCUAUACCGAAUUCUGUAGGAGGCCACCUUCCUCUUACCAAGAAGCCUACAAUACGGCAUGGGAGUAUGUCGAGGCGGAGGUCUUGAAUAAGAGCAAGCGGGAAUUGGAGGAAGGUUAUACGAAGGCGAAAACCGAUAAGCCAAAGAAGGAUGACCAGACGGGAGGGUCCAAGCCAAGAGCUACAUAUGACGAGUCCGUCAACCAAAUAAGGGAUGAUAAGAAGGGAGAGCAACCCAAGAGGCCUUGGACGGAGAAGUGGUGUACCUACCACCAAUCUGAUUCCCACAAUACGGCGGAUUGCCGAAAUGUCAAGGCUGUGCUCAAGGAGAUGGCCUUGAAGGGAGAGCUUGGGGAAGGCCACAUCAAAGGCAACGUGGAGGCCAAGGGAGAGAAGAUGCAGAGGUACAGGGACUUGGCAAGAGCACUACUAAAGGACCUAACCGAGUAUGUGAUGGAGCAAAUCCCUAGGGGGGAGAACACCGAUGCUGACUUGUUAUCAAAAUUGACGCAAGCAGCCCCGGAGCAUGUGUCCAAGCUGGCCAGGAUUGAGACGCUAGAGAAAGCCAGCAUUGAUGGGGUUUCUGUUAACGUGAUAGAAGAAGAUGGACAGCCCAAUCCAGAUCGGGUGGAGCCAGAUGAUAUUUGGAUGGAUGACUUGGUCAGGUACUAUAUGACCGGGAAAUUCCCUGAAGAUGAGGAUAGGGUAAGGAAAGUAAAGUUGAGGGCUCCAAGAUUCCAAAUGCUUGAUGGGAGGCUAUACAAAAGGGCAUUUGGCGGUCCGUUGCUGAUAUGCUUGACUAGGGCGGAGGCAGAAAGAGUGAUCACCGAGUUCAUGAGGGUGUUUGCGCAGCCCACCAAAUGUCCAGGACACUCGCGCAAAGGAUCAUUUUGCUAGGUUAUUUUUGGCCUACAAUGAACCAAGAUUGCGAGAGAUAUGUCCAGAGGUGCAAGACCUUCCAGGUGUUCUACAAUUGCAAGUUUCCAGGAAGGCCUGCGACAUACUACCACCCGGUUUCCAAUGUUAUUCCAUUCGCAAGGUUUGGGAUGG